AUGAAUAAUAUGCUUGUUGCUAUGGACCUGAGUCCGAUUCCAUCUCAAACUCGACAAAACUUGGAAAACUGUUCUGGCAGCAGUUUGCGUCGAAUGGCUUCAAAACUGAAUAAUGCUGUAGCAGUAUUUACAGAUAAAAUGGCACAAACAAUUGCUCCAGGGCAACACGAAAAACUAGUGAAAAUAUCGGAACGUAGUUUACGAAGCAAAAGCACUCGAGAUUCAGAUCAAAUAAUGAACGAUGAAAUUGUGCAAAAUCUGAAGCAACUAUAUGACGUGUAUGUCAAAGAAAGAAUGCCUUUUGUUGAACAAGUUCGACUGUUAUCUCUGUUACCUCGCUCGUGGAAGUACGAAAUGGUCACUAAUAAUUUUGGUGCUUCUCAACAUGCGAUUAAAACAGCUCACAAGAUGUUUGAUGGUCAGACUUACAUACUGGAAAAUGGUACUAAGCCAUGUAUUAGACAGAGAGCAGAUCCGGAAACAAUAAAACACUUUGUGAGUUGGCUUGUCGAGAGCAACACACUUGUUUCAGGAAGCUAUGGCCUUACUGUUCUACGUAUGGACAACGGAGAAAAACAAGAGGUUCCUCAACAAAUUCUUCAGUUGCAAAAGUCUCAUGCAAUUUUUUAUUACAAAAAGUAUUGUGACGAAACAGAUUAUGAAUCAUUAAGUACUAGCAAGUUAUAUGAUAUCUUGAAUAGUAUUAAACCAUCACAACAGAAAGCUGUUGCAGGCCUAGAUGAGUUUGUUGUUGAAGGUGUUGAAUCGUGGCGAACACUGUCAGAUUUGUUGAACAGUGAUCUAUAA